CAUAGACACACAAAACUGAAAUAUUUUCAUCCAAAUUGCAUUUUUGUACACUAUUAGUUGGAGCGACCUUACGAAAUUCUCCUUGCAUUUGAUAAAGACAUUAACCAUGCAUCGCUGGUUUUUUGCCAACGAGCGGGAGGAGUGUGAGCCCAAGCCCGAGGAAGGGUCAGGGUCGGGUCAGGAUGCGGAAGAGGCGUCUACUCCACAACCAGUGCCCACCACCGAGUGGCCCUUCUGCGUGAAGUUCCAUCGUUCUCUCCUCGCCAACGAGUACGUGGCCAUAAGUGGCAACUGCGACUCACUGGGCAACUGUGAUCCCAAGAAGGUGUACAUCCUGGAGAAGAACGAGUGCCCUGACUGCGUGUGCAAGUGCCACCAGUUCGAGGCGACCCUAGAUAUACCUCGCAACAUCGACAUCCACUACCGCUACUGCGUGGUGGUGUACGAUCCCGAGGCGGAAGAAGUUUAUGUCCGCUUCUGGGAGUCGCAGCUCAAGCCCAGGGUCAUUCGCACCUGCCAGAACAUGCUGAAGCGGUGCGACACCUUUGGACUGCCGCACGACGACGACGAGGACAACCAGGUGGACCGUGGAUGGGCCACCACGGAGACCAUUGUGCACCUGAAGCUCUUCAAUGCUCCCUUUAUGUGGCAGCGGCAAAAGCAACGGCUUCUGUAUGUCCAUGUGCAGACGAUGUACGAGGUCCCCGAAGAUCCUUGCUCCGGGGCGAGUCAUCCCAUCAAGGUGGGAUCCUCCCUCACGCGCUUGUCGCGUUACAUUGAAGCACGCCAAAGCCGAAACGAAACCCUUGAUCUGCGACUGGCCCUGGUCGAGGUGGUUAACCUGCGCGCCUCCAAGUCGCUGGCCUUUCAGUCGGAGUUCGGAGUGCGGUGCGGACCCGAGGACUUGCAGUUGUUCCACUGUUCCAUCGCCUUUCCGGCGGAGACGCUCUACCGCCUGGAUCUGUACACCUACGCCCACAAGGCGGCUGCCGACGAACCACCCUACCACUACGGCUACGGCUUCCUGAUGCCGAAUCAGCUCCUGGGCACCGAGGGCUUCGCCCGGGUAAAGGUCACCUGCGCCUCCACCCACCGCCCACUGAUAGAGAUGUGCGUGCAGUACCUCAUCAUUCGCCCCUUGGAGAACGUCCACUGCGAUUUGAGUCGCAGUUACGAGCGUUACUGGCGCAAGAAUCGCAUGUGCAUGAGCAUCGGGCACAAGGGAUCGGGAAACACCUACCGGAUAGGCUGCGAUUUGGUCAGGGAGAACACCUUGUAUGGCUUCAAGCAGGCCGCCCUGGCCAAUGCGGACAUGGUGGAGAUGGAUGUCCAGCUCACGCAGGAUGCCCAGGUGGUGGUGUACCACGACUUUGUGCUGCGAUUCCUGCUGCAACGGAUGCCCAGUUACGAGGAUCUGCUGGAGAACCAGGACCUGCUGGUAUUCGCCUACGAGAAACUGAACAAGCUGAUGCUGCUUUCCAUGGGAGGGUGCAAGGGAAAGGACCAUAUUGCCGUUCCACUGGAGGCAUUCACCUACGAACAGCUGAAGGAAGUUAGGGUCCUGCGAUUCACGGGCAGCAAGGGCUGCGACAAGUCCUGCGAUCGAAUGCAGGCGGAGCAGCGUCCAUUUCCUCUCCUCUUGGACCUCAUGGAUCCGGAUGUUCUGCCCGUUGGAAUGGGCUUUCUCAUCGAGAUCAAGUGGCCCCAGAUGACCAAUUCGCGGCGUUGGGAGAGCGGGAGCUUCAAGCCCACCUUUGACCGAAAUUUCUAUGUGGACACAAUUCUGGAGAUUGUCUUGAAGAACGCCGGAACGCGGCGCAUUGUCUUCUGCAGCUUUGAUGCCGAUAUCUGUGUUAUGGUUCGGUAUAAGCAGAACUUAUAUCCUGUCACUCUUCUCCUCGAGGAUCCGAAUUCCCAGGUCCAGUACGCUGACCAGAGAGUAAGCGUGCUGGAAAACGCCGUGGCGAUGGGUCACUCCCUCGAGUUUUUGGGACUGACCCUGCACGCCAAUUCGCUGCUGAACAAGUUCGCGACUAUGGCAUUCCUGCAUCAAAUGAAUCUGGAGGCCUUCGCGUAUGGAAGUCCCACCACGGACCUGGAGAUUCGCAACAAGCUAAGACGCCACGGGGUGCUGGGAAUCAUCUAUGACCGGCUGGACCAGCUGGACCAAAUGGGCGAGGAGCUGGAAGGGAACACCAUCUGCACCAUCGAUUCGGUGACCACAAGACGAGUGAUUCGCGAGACGGAGCUGGAGGAGUGGCGCCAAAAGUGUGGCUACAAGCCAGAGACCAUAUACGUAGAAAAAAACAUAUAUAUGGAUUGAUUCCCCCUCUUUAGUAAAAUAUCGAAAGUAAUGUGUCCUGUGAUAACCGUU